UACGAUUUAUCUGAUUCACCAAGCUCUGUUUUUUCCUACGGCUACAACGACCAAAGACAAAAAACGAAAAAUUAUAAUUUCACCUACCUCCUCUUAAAGUAAACGUGCGUCGAAAGUAAAACAAAAAAUAAAGUAAUAAAUAAUUAAUUCAUUCUCCUUGUCCUCAUACAAUCACAAUAAUCACAUAUAAAAAAACAUUGUCACAAUACCAACGGGUUAACGUCUGGGAUAUCUUAUUCUUAUUUUACCCAAGAAAAAAAAAGUGAAUUUUUAACGAAAAAAAAUACGAUAAUUUAAUAAAACUUAAUAAAAUUAUCUGACCACUUAAAACAAUUCAUAAGUAAAAGUACGUGAACAGUGGAAAAGUUGACUGUACUUGUUAAUAAGUUCAUAAAAAGUGCGCUAACCAUUAAAAAUAAAUAUAAAGUCCAAAUUAAAACUUGGUGUUUUGCUUUUUUUUUUGUAAAAAGUUUCAACGAAGAUUUAAAUAAAAAAAAUGUCGAACGAGUUUCCACCGAUGCGAGAUGGAAUACAAGAUGUCGAAACAGGAGAAGUCGAGUACAUUUUUGCAGAACGUGAUCCCCCUGCCCAACGGCAAAGUAUUGAAGUUGAUGCUGAAACUGGAGAGCCAGAGUGUUCAAAAAUAACAGUUCGCUACUUGAAAAGAAAAUCGUUUCAAAUUCCCAAACAAUACUUGAAAACUCCUCCAGAAGAUGAAGAUUUUGAUGGACCAUCCUGCUCAAAGAAGAUUGCUGCAUACAAUCCAUUCGAUAAGGAGGCAUUCAUAAGAAUGGAAUGUGUAAAUAAGGAUAUCGUUCUUGGAUUCACAAAAUCAAGCUACCUGCUCUUCUUAGUACCUUCAGUCUUCUGUUUCACAAAAAUGACAGCUGUAUUUAUAUUAGUUUGUGAAUCAGUCCUGCACUAUUUGGCACACUACAAAAAUCGAAAUAAUUCAAAUUCAAAUAUUUUCUAUCGAAGUCCUUUACAUUUGCUUACGUCACAAUUUUGUCGUGAAUGUUGUGCAGAGAAUGAAAUGGAUUCAAUAAGAAAACUACAUAAAAUCAGCACUUCAAGACUUAACAUUAGCCUCAAAGAUAUGACAAAAGUUAUUGGAUAGUUAAGGGAUUUUGCUAACUAAUGUUUUAAUUUUGUUUUGUUUUGGUUUUUGUGUAUUUAGUUUAGGUUAUUAUUUUCGUUAUUUCUUCUUCUGUGAAAAUAUUUCGUACGAUUAUUAAUUUUAGUUUUCUAUUUCUAUAUAUUUUUUUUUUGUUUAAAUAAUCUUAACAUUAUUUAUUUUGUAGAUCAUUUAACUGUAUUAAGUUUUAUUAAUAAAAAAUAUGAGUAACAAAAUAAACUUGUCUUAAGAACAAAAAUAUAUUGUAAUUUUAUAUUUUCAAACUCUUGCCUAUUGUCAUGUACAACAUGAAAAUAGGUCUGUUUAAUGAAAAAAAAUCUAGGGCAGAAAAGAUCAGAGCAGUACAAGUUUGUAAAUACUGUCAGAACAAGAAAGAACUGAAAAGUUCAACCUCGUAUUUAACAAGAUUGACAGUUGUCUAUAUCAGUUGCAAAAUUUUUAAUUCAAAAAUCAUUUCUUGAAAUGAUUUUUCACUAAAAUAAAUGAUUUACUAAAACUUUUAAUACUCCCGUAAUUUGUUGUUACUAUUAAUCAGAAAUUUUUAAGAAAUUCACUUUUUAAAAUCUUAUUUUUUCACAAUCAAACAAACAUCUGAACAUCUGACACUUUUCACUCACUUGCUCUACCACAAAAGUAGGAGCAGAAAAACUUGAACUUUUCUGUGCUGAACAACUUCAUAAAACAUAAAAUGACAGAUUGUAGAACAAGUUGGGCGAGUAUUUUUUGUCAUGAAACACAAAAACUUGUACUUUUCGGAUCCUUUCUGUACGGAUCAGAUUCAUUAAACAGACCAAAUGUUUUCGAAUAUUAUUACUUAUUUUUAAACAUGUAUAAACUAAUUCCCAACAAUUAGAGUGAAAAUAUAGUCAUUCUAUCCAUCCUGUAAGUACAGAUCAUAGUCAAAGGUGGAUGGAAGGUGUCCAGUAGACAAGUCCAAGACCAAAAAUUCUUGUUAGUUUGGUUCUUUUGACGAGCCUAUUGGACAACCGUAUUAAAACGAAAAGUUAAAAUAGGUUUAGAAGGAAACGACAAUUUUGAACAGACUGUCCAAAAGUGACGAGUUUAAUUUUCUUACCUAAAUAAAAAGGCCUGUUCACUGUGAACUAAUAUUUGUAAGCUAAACUUGUUUUGAGACUUGAGACCAAUUCCAAGAUAUCUGCUUCCGAAACUACGAAAAAUAAAAUAUUUGCAUGCAAAUAACUCAGCAACCAGACCUCCAAGAAACUUUAGGUUUUCAGUUAUGAAUAGAUCUUAAAGAGACCUUUCUUUUGAUGUUUUACUCGAUGGGUUUGGAGGAAAAUUUUCAAAAUGUACGUUUUUUUUGCAAUUUUUUUGGAAAAUCUUAAAAAAAUAAAUUUGUAUUUUUAUUACCAAAAUGCAUAGCCAUGUAAACUAUGAAUUCAAAUCUGUUAACCAGAACUUGUUUUGAAACUUUGGCUCUAAUUUAUCAGCUUCCGUAUGUUAAAAAAAAAUAUUUUUAAAAAGACCGUUCUUUUGAUAUAAUGUAUCACUUCAUUAGCAGAAAAAAAUUGUUUUUCCCCGGGGACCUCGCACCUCAACGUACGCCUCUAGUAUGAACUUUCAAUUGAUUUCCUGAUAUGGGUUUUUUAUUUGCUUGUGUUUUAGAAAGCUCGAUAGGAGAGGUUGCAAUCGGCGCUACAAAGGUAUCCUCCGAGCGGAAAAUUUUCCGAUUUCAUACGAAUCAUGCAUCGAUUUGUAUUUUCGAGUGUAUCUCCGAUUUGUAUGAAAUCGGACAAAUUUCUGCUCCAACGGAUACUUCGCUUGGGCCGAAUAUAAAUGAAUCUAUUACUUUGAAACGGAAAUCUUCUCCUUAAACCAUAUUGAUAAAUCAGUUUUAUGGUUU